AUGCUGCUCUGCUUCAUUGCGCUGCUGCUGGUCGCGCUUGCUGCUGCUCUUCACACUGCCCCCGCUUGUGCUGCAUCGCUGGCUGCUGCUGCCUACUCCCACUCACCCUCGCCCCCUCGCUCGCUUUCGCUACCACGCCCGCGGCCACGGCGCCCGAUCGCACCGCUCGCGACCCGUGUCCGGCCUCCGUGUACAGCCGCCCUCGCGCCCGCCUCCACCACUGCUCCAGCCGCGCCCAUACGCCUUGCCGCAAGCGCCGCCCCGCUCGCCUGCCACACGCGCGUCGCCUUCCGCCGGCGCUGGCCGCCGCUGGCCUCACCUUUGCCCCGCCUGCCGCCUGUUGCUCCCGUCCGGCCUCGCCCGCGCCUACGCCGCUCGCCCGCCGACGCCCGCAGCUCCAUGCGUCGCUGCUGCCGCCCCGGCCGCCCCUCCACCCGCGUCGUGGCCUCGCCGGCGCCCCCUGAUGCCGCGUGCAUGCACGGGCGCCCGCCCCGUUAG